AUGGAGCAAGAAACGGGUUUGUCGAAACCAGUGGCGGCGAUAGCCUGCGGGACCAUGGCAUUCCUUUACGUUGCCAUUCUCUAUGCUCCCACUUUGAUCCUGCGCCUCCUGCCUCCUUCCUCUCUCAAGGAAUUCAUGGUCCGCCGGUUCAUAUGCGCCACAAUAUCUUCAUUCCUGUCUCUUGCUUUCUGUGCUCUCCUCCUCCCUAUGAGGAGAAAGGAGGCAACUUACUUGUUGGGCGUAUAUGGCAUCAGACUGGACCAUCUUUGGCAAGCUGUGGUCUUUCCUCUUUCGUUGACUUGUUUAAUGUACGCUGGAUCUUUGGUCUUCAAGUCAUUAUUGCUAGUGGAGUCAUGGAAGGAGCAUAUGCAUCAGGGUGAAGGAAUUUCUUUUAACACUAUUAAAGAUAUCCUGCAAAACUUUCUUGCCGGGGUGUCUUCAACUGCCUCCAAUGUCUUGGCUUGGCGUAAUUAUGCUGUGGCUCCAUUGACUGAGGAAUUGGUGUUUAGAGGAUGCAUGAUACCUUUACUUCUCUGUGGAGGAUUUGAGAUCUACACUGUCAUUUUACUCUGCCCUAUUCUCUUUAGCUUGGCACAUUUAAACCAUUGGAUGGAGAUCUAUGGCCGGCAAAACUAUAGCUUGCUCAAGGCAUUCAUGGUUGUAGGUCUUCAGCUAGGUUACACUGUGAUCUUUGGUUCAUAUGCAUCUUUUCUUUUCAUUCGAACAGGACAUCUUGUUGCUCCAUUAGUUGCUCAUAUAUUUUGCAAUUUUAUGGGAUUGCCUAUGCUCUUUGUGAGGGGGAAAGGUAUGUCAGUUGAAUUGCAGGAAUGCAGCAAAGUAGAAGUCACCAGUGAUGAAGAAGAGUUUAAGGGAGCAUGGCCUUUGCCACCAGAGGCCAAAAAGUUCAAAGCUUUUGAUGUUGUUGACACUUUUUUCCAUGAUGGCUGGUGGAAAGGUGUUAUCUCAGAAGUUCAUGAUUUUGGAGGGAGGGAGGGACAAGAAGAAGACCAUGAGAUACAUUGUUGUUUUUGA